CUCCACAACUUCAGUUUCAAAGAUGAUGUCGUGGUGACUGUGCGUACCUUGACUGCAGUGCCGCGUUUUGUGAAAUAUGCGUCCGUCCAUCCGAUGCCUUUAAUCACGUGUGUUUGAGGAGUAUAAUGUGUAGUGGAGGUGCUUGUAGAUAGUAGCCGACAUGCUGCGGUUUUUCAGCAAAAGAGUCGGGCGUAAUGCCCAGAAGUACAAGACUGUGGACGAUGGGCGGUCUUCAGGCGCACCUAAACCCAAGCAUAUUCUUCCCUGCAAGGUCAUGCUCCUCGACGACAGUGACCUCUCCUUCGAUAUACCGAAAAAGUCUCAGGGCCAGGAGCUGUUCGAGCGUGUGGUCUACUCUCUGGACAUCAUAGAGAAGGAUUACUUUGGUCUCCAGUACACGGAUGCCAACCACGUCCCUCACUGGCUCGACCCCACCAAGACCAUCAAGAAACAGGUUAAAAUUGGACCGCCCUACACGUUUCGUUUCAAGGUCAAGUUUUACCCCCAGGAACCUAACCUACUGAGAGAGGAGCUGACCAGGUACCAGUUCUUCCUGCAGCUGAAACAAGACAUCAUCUCCGGGAAGCUGGAGGUCCCCUACCAGCUGGCCGUUGAACUCUUCGCUCUUAGUCUACAGUCGGAACUCGGCGACUAUGAUCCCGAGGUCCACAGUGCCGGCUUCGUCUCCGAGUUCCACUUCAGCCCCGACCAAUCGGACGCCAUGGAGGAGGACACGCUCGAGAGAUUUAGAGAAUUUAAUGGAUUGACACCAGCACAGGCCGAGCAGAGUUACCUGAACAAGGCCAAAUUCCUGGAGAUGUACGGUGUUGACAUGCACACAGUACUGGGAAAAGAUGGUCAGGGGUACAGACUUGGCCUCACCCCGACUGGUAUUCUGGUCUUUGAGGACGAAACCAAGAUUGGACUGUUCUUCUGGCCCAAGAUCACCCGUCUAGACUUUAAGAAGAAGAAAUUGACGUUGAUGGUGGUGGAGGAUGACGACGAGGAGCGAGAACAAGAACACACUUUUGUCUUUAGAUUGCACAAUGAGAAGGCUUGUAAACACCUAUGGAAAUGUGCUGUUGAGCAUCACUCCUUCUUCCGCUUGAAGUCUCCCAGUAAAGGUCCCUCGGGGAGACAGAACUUCUUCAGGAUGGGUUCAAGGUUCAGAUACAGUGGACGUACAGAGUUCCAGACAACACUUCAGCAGCGAGCUAGACGUACGGUACAAUUUGAACGUCGACCGAGUCAGAGGUUUGCCAGACGACAGAGCCACGUUGUGCGAGAGAAGCAGCGUAAGAGCGUGAUAGAGAGGAGGACAGAAAAUGGAAAAGGAGGCAGUAGCAUUGAGGCUGUAUCAGCAGCUGCUGUUGCUGCCACCACCGUUGCUGCCUCGGCCACAUCUGCCAUCACUGUGGCCACCACUUCCACCACCAGCAGCACCACCAGUGUCACCAAGCCCAUAGCAUCAGCGUCCAGCACCUCAACUGUCCCGUCCUGCACCACAACCCCUCCUCCCUCACCCCUUGAUGCUCCCUCCUCACCCAUCCCCUCAGCCGGCAUUACUCUCACCCGCCCUCCCACCUCUUCUAUCAUCUCCCAGGCCUCCUCCACCACCUCCUCCACCUGUGCCUCAGCUGGUGGUGCUGUUGCAGGUUCUCCACCUUCAAGUGAUGAAACAGACGAUGCCACGUAUGCUGCUGAAGACAGGCUAGACACCUUGAUUAAGAACUUGUCCAGAUACACAACAGUACCAAGCUAUUUGGACAAUUCAGUCAAUGAUCUGGCCAGGGCUAAGCCUAGUCAGAAAGAGAUGGGGGCAGAGGCCUUGCCACAGCCCACGGGGGCUAUAGAAGCAGAGAGCCUGGUGAACAAGAUGAAGAACUUGGACAACUGUAACAAGAGCAAUAUUAACGGGACCGGAGGUAAAGUGUCGUCCAGCUCCUCCACCAAGGUGAAGGACGUCAACGUGGUGGUGGUGGUGCCCAACAACCAGGUCACUCUCACCAAGAACACUGCUCGUCCAAUUCCUCCUGACCAGUUUAAGUCAAAUAUAUUGAAAGCCAAGGCCGAGGAGGAAUUGAAAAAGGGACCUCUUAGUGUAGACCUUGACAAAGCUUCAUGUGGAAAACUCAAGAUCUCCAAUGGGGAGGUGGCAGAUAGUUCAGCUUGUAGUGAAGAGCCAGAGGGGGCCAAUGAUGGUGGUUCUCUGCCUCGCAUUAAGAAGGCCAGUAAUGCUGAUACUUGUGGGAACAGUGAGGGUGCUACAUUUGUGUCUGUGGGAGGCGACAAGCUGACCUUGUCCCUUGGUGCCGUUGGUGUCGGAGAGAGUGGAGGCAGCAGCAACCCACCCCAACAUUUGUUGGAGGCAUGGGAGGGGAGGGAGCAGCCUGGCGAGGAUUCAACACCUCUCCUCACCCUAGACCCGCCUGUCACAGUCACCCACUUCACCACCCCCAGCCAGAGUACAGCCCUAGACCAUCUCACUCUUCCUUCUCAAGACUUGACUGAUACCUCUUCUAUUUCCUCUACCACCACGAGCAUCUCUCUCUCUACCACUAACAACUUUAAUAGUAAUCCCUUCAACCCAUUUGCAUCCAGCAUUUUUAGCACGAGCAAUCCUUUCAGUUCUUCCAGUAAUGUAACUAAUAAUCCCUUCAGUGUGUCUACCACAACUGCCGCUGUCAUCUCAAACCCCUUUGUGAAGUCCUCCCCUUCCUCCCUGAGCUCCACAACGUCAACCAUGACCGGCAGCAAGCCGGCCUCCAGUAGUGGGGCAGAGGAAUCUCUGGGUAACGGUGAGAUCAGCCCUAGUCCUCCUUACUCUCCUUCUGAUACUCCGGCCGAUGGUGUUCCAUCUCCACCACACUCUCCCCGCUCCUUUACAUCAUCCACCUCCUCUCAGGCAAGCUCCCCCUCUUCGUUCUCACCAGACCAACCGGCCACACAGGAUCCACAUAAAGAAACCACCUUUUCGGGAAACCAGCCUGUGACGCGGUCAGUGUCGUCCACCAGUAACCGCAGCUUUACGGUGACCAAGAGCACUGCUAAUUCAACCCUCAAUCAGAUGUCUCCCUGGCUAGUGGCUGACCCCCCUGUACCCCCACUCUCGAACAAACUGGAGGCCCCUAAGAUGCGCACGGUGAUAACCACGGAGCUGUAAGACCACUCCACAGUCAACUUGCACUUCUUUUGUUUUUUACAUAACUUAAAUGUGUAUCCAAACUUAUUCCUGUCUUGUUUACUUUCAUAUUACAAUGGAAUUGUUGCUUAGUACUCCCACAUUAAAAUAUUUUAACAUAAUUUCUUGGUAUACAAAGGUGAAUAUGUUUACUUAAAAAUGUAACUUUCCUUAAGUUAUCCUUGAAGGGACUGCAGCUAUUCCACACAACUAUAAUGGUAAUAUGAUGUGCCUUCUCAGCCUUUCCAUUAUGAUUAAGGUCGUUUAACUGUAACUAUGUGUAUAUAGUCAUCUCAUAAUUUUCAUAUUGAAUGGUUAAUUGUAAGGAUUUCUUAUAUAGUUAUCUUUUCACUAGUUUAUGUGGACACACUGAGAAUUUUCUUGGAUGCCAGAAUUAGAUUUUUAUUAUUUAAGCCGAGUUAUUAAAGACUUAUGUGCUGGACUUGUCAUGUGAGUUAAUGUCUUCUGUGGACAUCCAGUUUGCAUCCUCAGAGUUUCAAGUUAAUAAACUUUGUUACCUGAUUGUAUGUUGACUAUUUCAUUAUUGGAGAUAGAUAAUUUUCUGUUUAAAGUUUUAAGGAAUAAAUAGGCAGCUGGAUAGGGCUGGAAACUCUGAGAGAUGGUCGAGAUGUCCACAGUGUUGCAUCUCAUCAGUGUUGGGCUUGUAGGACAUGCUAUUGUACUUAAGAGAAUGACAUAUGAAAACCUAAUAUUGUAUCCUUCUGAAGAUCUGAUUGUUGAUGUUAUGGAUAUUAUUUUAUAAUUAUUUUUUACAAUAUUUACAAGUCCAAAAUUAUAGAACUAUAAAUCAAGGAUUCUCAGCAUGUUACACACACAUGUAUUAUGGUAUGUGCAGAGUUUAUACUGAUGAAGACUGGUGUGGACUAAAUAAGCUCCUCCUUUGUUAUCUAUGAUGAGAACCUAUGAUUUAAGUAAUAUCUAUGACUGGUAGCUACACUGUAUCAAAUGCUUGGUUUCCAUUUCGAGAUUCUUAGUAAUGUUGAUUGAUCCUACCGUUAACCAUUCUUCAUUUAUGAUAACAAUGAAUAUUCUUCGCAUAUAUUAUGUACAAUAUUUGGGCCUGUGUGUCAAAAUGCCUUGGGACUUUCAGCAGGCCAAACAAAAGUAAAUUGUUCCAAGUUUUGUGUUACUGAUCAGUCAGCUGUCACACCUGCUCCUGGCCCCCUAUCUGUGUAUAGGGUCUUGCUUCCUGCACCUGUACUUUACAUAGUCUUGCUCAGAGGUUCAUAAAUGCAAGUAGUCGCUGAAUGAUGGAGAUGCUCAGUGUGCCAAAUCCUGUGCAAUAUUAUGUAUCAGCCUUAUCAGUAGAUCAUAAGCGAUACCAAGCUUGUAUAAUUUUCUUCUGACAAGGUUAUGAGUACAUUGUGCUUUUCAAACUACUCUGUUGUCUUCAUUUCCUUUGGAUCUUGCCAAAGAUCUCAAUAAAGGAGAAUGGUCUUAUAGGUAAACAAACAAGUAGAAAUGAGUAAGCUUGAAUGUUUCUCACUUCAUGCUGCUCUCAGAACUUGUUUUUGACAAUACUAUUUUUCUACCUUAUAAUUUGGUGGUAGGACUUCAAAAAUUGGUAUCAGGAGUGCAGGGGGUAACCUGUCCCAACCCAAGAUGCAGCAGCUGUUGUAGCACAUCCCAGGACUGUUGAAACUUGCUAUUUUGGCCACAGUAUGGACUGCAUUCUGACUUCAUGUAGACCAUAUUACUGUUUUUUAUGUAGCAUGCAGCAGUUCAUACCCGAUAUCGUCUCAUUGAUAAGGACAAAAUGUUUCAUGUUGAAAUAGGAGUAAUUUUAUAUCAAGUGUAUUUUUAUAGGGUUAACAUGCUGGGAAUGUUACAUGAUUCAGUCAAUAAUUACAUCUGUAAUUUUUACACUAAUUACUAGGUGAGUUUUAUGUACUACAGUAUAUGAUUAUUAUUAUGCUUCUCUAGGAAUUUUUCCUCAUUACUUUUAGUUCUGUUGGGCUCACAUAAGAUUAUUGCUUCCUACAGGUACAUUAAAGGGUUCCAGAACACCUGUGAGGUUGUGAGUAACCUGAACAUACGUGUUGGUCCAUUUAGUGUGUUAUUGUCGUCUUGCCUUUGACAGCUUCAUUAUAUUGACUUCUGUGAACACAAGUCCAAGAAUAACUUCAACCUUCCAUUGUUUGAAUUAAAUUAGUUCACUAUAAUUUAUGAAGUUGUGUAUCAUCUUGAAAAAUGUAGAUCAUGUUCCCACCACCAUGAUGGAUGCUGCUGAGAAUAUAAAAACAAUCACACAGUUUGUUAAUGAAAGUAUCGGUGUUUAUUAAAUUACAGUACUGUACCAGUCUUAACAAUUGUGCCACUGAGGUGCAUAAUAUUGUUGAGUGGGGUGACUGUACUGUACCUCCUUCAUAUCAUUUAUGAAGUAAGUUUAAAUUUGUAUUUUUUUAACUCGGCCUUAAGUAGUACAGUACUUGAGUAGUCUGUCGCAGUAAUGGUCACUUGUUCUACAUUACAUUCCUCAAAGGGCAAAACACCACAAAUAUAAAUUUGCCCGGAAGAUAUUUUAUUACGUAGUUCAAGCCAUUCCUGGAUUACUGUUUGUUGAAGUCAGAAUUAUGAAGCCAAGAUGAUACUUAACUAAAUGAACUGAUACAUCUAUGUUACAGAAUAUUCUCAACCUCCCAGGUCAGGUGGAACCUUUUAUAGGUCUGUAAAAAGGUGCAAUUUUCUUAAGUCUCUCACAGUAACAAAAAUAUGCUGAGAAAUAUUAACAUCAUAAAGUACAUAAGAUCCAUCAAAGUGAUUACUUCUUCUUCUUCUUCUAUGGUAAAGAAAAUAAGGCUGAGUUACAUGGAAGCAAAUGUUUAAUAAUUUUCAUAAAGUUUCAUCAUUGUAAUGCAUUUCAUAUAUUUAAUACAUAGUAGGUAAAUUGUUAAAAGCUAUGGCAGCUUGGCUAACUAACCUCAAGAGUGUGGAAAUGAUAUAGUGUUGCAAGUGUUAUUUGUACAGUGAAGGUGUAAUAUAUGUGUGUGACAUGA